CUUUGGAAAAUGGCUGAAGCGAUGGCAGGUAACAAGGACAUAUUCGAGUGCCCUAUUUGUGUGGAUUUUCUGAAUGAUCCCGUCACUCUUACCUGUGGACACAGUUACUGUUUGCGUUGUAUUGAGGACUGCUGGAAUGAGGAAGAUGUGAAGGGCGUUUACAGUUGCCCCCAGUGCAGAAAGACUUUCACUCAAAGACCAGUUUUAAACAAAAAUAUUAUCAUUGCUGAGCUCGUGGAUCAAAUGAAGAAAAGCAGAAUACAAACCGCAGCUCCUGUUGAAUGUGCUGCUGGACCUGGAGAUGUGGCCUGCGACGUCUGCACUCAAAGAAAACUCAAAGCUGUCAAGUCCUGUCUGGAAUGCCUGAUGUCGUACUGUGGCACUCAUUUAAAAGCUCACGAUGAACUUACAGGUAGAAAUCACACCAUGUUUGAUGCCACGGGCCAGCUACAGGAGAGGAUCUGCCCCCUUCAUAAGAAGGUUUUUGAAAUAUUCUGUCGCACCGACCAGAGUUGCAUCUGCUAUCUGUGUACGAUGGAGGAUCAUAGAGGUCACGACACUAUCACAGCUAAGGCAGAGUGGAGUCAUAAAAAGGAGGGGUUGGGGCAGAGCCAGAAGAGAUGCCAGCAGACAAUCCAGUUGAAGGAGAAGGAGCUGCAGGAGCUGAGGAAGGCUGUGGAGACUCUCAAGUCUGGUGCACAGACAGCAGUGGAGGAGAGUGAGAGGAUGUUUACUGAGAUGAUCCGCUCCAUUGAGAGAAGGCGCUCUGAGGUGACAGAGCUGAUCAGAGCUCAGGAGAAGGCUGAGGUGAGUCGAGCUGAAGGACUCCUGAAGCGACUGGAGCAGGAGAUUGCUGAGCUGAAGAGAACAGAUGCUGAGAUGAAGCAGCUUUCGCAGACACAGGAUUCCAUCCAUUUCCUCAAGAACAUUGUGUCCAUCACUGGGAGGCCUUACAGCACAAUUUCAACCAGCGUGACCAUCAGCCAAAACUUCUCCUUGGAGCCCAUGAAGGAAUCUGUGUCUGCACUGAAGAUGCAGCUGGAGGAGAAACUAGAGUCAGUCUUCAAGCAGGAAAUAGUCAAGAUAUCUGCAGCAGCCAUCACACAUGUCCAGAUCAUCCAGAGCAUCCAGUAUCCUGAUCCUGAACUCCCAGUCAGAAGAGCAGACAGUAAGGAUCUCAUGCCACCAGACAGUAAGUCAUUACUGAGGACCUCUAACAGCCUCCACAGCCUUCAAACAUUCACCUUUCCUUCAAUUCUGCGCAGCGCAGCAAUGCCAGCUACCAGAGAGGACUUCUUAAAGUAUUGCUGUCACUUCACUCUGGAUCCAAACACAGCAAACAGAGAACUCCAUCUGUCUGAGGGGAACAGGAGGGUGGAGUGGACAGAUGAGCAUCAGUCAUAUCCUGAACAUCCAGACAGAUUUGAUGAUUUUCAGCAUGUGCUGUGUAAAGAGGGUGUGUCUGCACGCUGCUACUGGGAGGUUGAGUGGAGUGGACACAGUGUUGGUAUAGCAGUGUCAUAUAAAAGCAUCAGCAGGAAAGGAAGGGGUGAUGAGUGUGUGUUUGGAUAUAAUGAUCAGUCCUGGAGCCUGUACCUCGGCAGCACCAACUCCAAUUUCUGGCACAAUAAUAAAAAGACUAAACUCCCUCUAGUGGCCAGCUCCAGAAUAGGAGUGUAUGUGGAUCACAGGGCAGGAACUCUGGCCUUCUACAGCAUCUCUGGAGACACAAUGACCCUCCUGCACAGAGUCCACACCACAUUCACACACACACUCUACCCUGGGUUUUUGGUAUGGGGUGGGGGAUCGGUGAAGCUGUUGUGA